UAAAUAAUGCUAGCCAAAAAAAUGUGGAAAGGAUAUUGUAAAUGAUACGUCUUCUCAGCCUCUUCAAAUCAUCAUCUCAUCGUUUCGCAAACAAGCUCGGGGAAGAGAGGGAGUAUGAAGAUGGUAGCGUAUGCAGGAAACUAUCAGCCGCAUUUUCUGUUCAAGCCUUUAUCCAAUUUCAAAAGGUUGAAUAUCAGAAACAGAAGGCUUACCGUGAAAUUACGCAGCGGCGACGGCGGAGAGAAGAAAUCCGAGCAGCGGAGUUUCUUAUCGCUAGAAGAAGCUGGAUUAGUUGAAAUCUCCGGACUCAGCACUCACGAGCGGUUUCUAUGCCGAUUAACGAUUUCGUCGCUGAACCUUCUGAGAGUGAUAUCGGAGCAAGAAGGUUGUAGAAUCGAGGAUCUGAACGCGGGGAGGAUAUGCGAUUGGUUCGUUAAGGAUAAGCUGAAGCGAGAGCAGAAUUUGGACUCCGCUGUUCUUCAGUGGGACGAAUCAGAGUUCCUUUCCUGAUUGAAUUCUUGCAACUUCCAUUGGAACUGCUCGUCAUGUUCAUAUUCUCUUUCACAGUAAGUUCUGCUCCACAAUUCUCCUCCGUUAUGCACUGUUUAUGCCAUGAAUCUAUUAAGUAGUGAUGAACUGAUUGUUAUUUUAUCAUAUCAAUCAUUAACUAUUAUUUCCCGAC